CCGCCCCCGCCCCCGGCAGCAGCCCGCCCCGCUGCCGCGGCCCGCCUCUCCUGCCUCUCCGGCGUGCGCAGCUGCCACAGGAUGGUCAGUGACGGUGGCGGCCAACCUGCACCAGUCCGAGGAGCUGGAGAUGCGGCUGUCGUUCCCGGCGUGCGUGCACAGCGCGGUGACCAGCCAGUCGGACUCCGGCGUGGGCGAGGAGAACAGCGGCUGCCUCGUCGCCACUCCGCAGCCUCCGCCGCCGGCGCUGCCGCCGAGCCAGCCGCGCUUCACGCUCACACUGCGCAGCCGCGCUCAGCGAUCUGUUAAUCACAUAACGGAGCUGCCCCAUAGUGAUAAACGACAGUUUCAGUAUUUCCCAGAUGUGAACAACACAACAGGGCUGAAUAAAAGUUCUAAGAAAUCCACAAAGACAGGAGACAUAUUACUUCCAAUAACUACACAUUCAGCAGGAGAUGAAAUGAAAAGACAAAGAAAGCUGUCAGUUCCGUGGCCUGACUUACAUCGAUCUAACUCCAUUGUUCGCAAAAGGACAGCAUAUCCAUCUACCAAACUACAGACGCUGAGUGUUAAGGGCUGUGCCAUCACUCCGGAAAGGAAGUCACACUUUCGGUCCGCGAGUGAACGAGAUAUUUCCCGUGCAUUCGCAACGUGAGACGAACAGUGCUGGCAAACAGAAGACAAGACGAACACUGACUUCGCAAGUGUGCCUCGCUGUUCCUAUCUGGAAUUUACAAAUAUAUUCGAGUGUAGCGUUGACUGUUUGUAAUAAAUAUGCCAUUGCAUCUCAAUCCUGAUCUUCAGUACAAAGCUGUAAUUUUCUAGACAAGUUUGUGUACUCCCCUAUUCUAAAUGUGAUGUCGUGACUGAGACAUCGAGUCCAACCACUGAGAGGAACAGCACUUUAGGUGAUCUGAAAAUCAUCUGUAAAGCAAUCAAACAUUUUCUUUUCUUUUGAAUUGUACUUCCUUGUAAAUAUUCUGCCAGAAACUUUCCUAAGUA